AUGAUUUCCGGGCUUUUACUUCUCACGGCUCUCUUCCUAUUCUCUCUGCUGGCACUGCGCCUUCUGGUCAACUACUUUGCGGCCGGACUACAGUCAAUCCCAGGGCCAGUGUUGGCGCGCUUCUCCGAUCUAUGGCGGUUCGUCGAUGCCUGCAAGGGGCACCACCAGCAGACCAUGUCUCAGCUUCACAGUGAGUAUGGCCCAGUUGUGCGCGUCGGCCCAAAAAUCGUCAGUGUGGCCGAUCCGGCAGCGGUCGAACUCAUCUUGGGACUGAAGGCCAAUCUCGACAAGACCGAUUCAGUCAAUCCCAUGAUCAACGCGCACGAAGGCGAAUAUCUCCCUAUGCUAAUCUCGGCCAAAAACUCGAAGCUUCACGCCCGUCUCAAACGGCCUAUCGCCGGUGCAUAUUCCAUGAGCACACUCCUAUCCUUUGAGAAUGUCGUCAACGACUGUAGCGACAAGUUGAUGCGUCGACUGAGAGAAGAAUUCGUGGACGGCAGAGGCCACGGCCGAGUGUGCCCUCUCCACGAAUGGCUGCACUUUUUCACCUUUGAUUUCAUCGGGCGGGCCACGUUCGGCAAGGAAUUUGGUUUCAUGGAUGCGGGCACAGACAUCAACAACAUGAUCGGGACGCUGGACCUGCAAUUCUUGUACAUCGGUACCGUAGGGUCCAUGCCCUGGAUUGAUCGCUUGUUCCUGAAGAAUCCUCUGCUCCUCGCACUGAUAAAAACGCCGAAUCAUCUGGUGGAUUUCACCGCCCAGAGGAUCCGGCAUCGACUCGAGGGACGAGAGAAGGCGGAUACCGGUGGGUACGACUUCCUUUCGCGUUUCCUGGACGCCCAGAAGCAGCACCCGGAGGUGGUGACAGAUAUUCAACUGGCAGCGUACACAAAUACCAACAUCCUGGCGGCCUCCGACACCACUUCCACAGCUCUGACAGCCAUCAUCAUGUGCAUCCUCCAGUACCACGACGUCUACGAGAAACUUCAGGCAGAGAUCGAUGCAAGCAAUAUCAGCUUUCCAGUCAGCUACACCGCAGCGCAGGCGUUACCCUACCUCGACGCAGUCAUCAAAGAGACGUUGCGUUUCUUCCCCACCACAGGCAUCGACUUGGAACGAACCGUGGGUGCGUCCGGGCUCGUCCUGCCCACCGGGCAGAGUUUACCUCCCGGCACCAUUGUCAGCAUGAAUCCGUGGCCGCUGCACCGCGACAGAAGCAUCUUCGGUGACGAUGCGGACAAAUUCGUCCCCGAGCGGUGGCUGCGCAGGGAAACCGAGUCCAAGACCGCACACGACGAAAGGGUCCGCAACAUGCAAAGAGUCUUCCUGACGUUCGGGUAUGGCCCACGAGCCUGUCUGGGCAAGCACAUUGCGUAUUUGGAGAUUUACAAGCUCAUCCCGAUUCUAGUGGGCAACUUUGACCUGAGCCUCGCGCAUCCCGAUCGACCGCUCAAGACUUGGACGGGCGUUGCUGUUAAGAUUCUCAAUCUGGACGUGCAUAUCCGCGAACGGCAUCGCGAUGGAUAA